UGUCGUCAAGAGACGGUGUUACGCUAAAGCUUGAAAGUGAAAGUACUGUGAUCUUUUGUUUUACUAUUUGUUUGGAAGGUGAAGACUUGCGUACAUGGAAGAAUAAACUCUCAGAACAUCAUUUGGGGCCGGUGGCGGACGGCCUGUGUAUUAAGAACGAACCCCUUGCAAGAAUGCAGUGCCAGCUUGCAUCUGUAGGGCAAGAUCCAGGUGCUCAGAUUCAUGGACAUCCACCAUGGGAUCCAUCAGAAAUCAAACGGGAGCCAGGUAUGGGCAUCGACUGUCAGGGACAUCAAGGACAUGGGCCUGGUCCAGGAAUGGAAAAUUUCUCACCACCAAGAGAUUUUAACCCAGGAAAAGUAACAGGCUGUUUAUUAAUGUGCGGUCAGACACCUACCCUAGUAUUCGUGGAGGGUUCUUGGCCCGGUGGGCCGAACGGGGGAGGUGGCGACGGGAGCGGCAUUCCCGGAGGUCCACCUCAGCUGCAGGGACAUCCCGGAAUGCACCUCCAGCCACACCCGGGUCCCGGCCCGGUCCCCGGAGGCCCACCGUACCCACCGGGCCUACCGUGGCAGUACCAGUGCCCACGCUGCGACCGCCGCUUUGCAACCCUCCAGGAGCUGCGCUCGCACGAGCCCGGCAGUGGCGUGCUCUGCCGCACGCCUACCAUGGGCCCACCGCCUGUGCCUCCCGGUCCCGGCAGUACGAGGGGUGGCCUCGCACCCCGCGGGCGAGGCGGAAGAGGUGGCGGACGUACCCCGAGGAAGAAGAAGGCACCUGGUAGCAGUGGUGGCCCGGGUCGAGCUGGAGGAGACGGCACGGAGACCAAGGAGGAGCCGACCGGUAGAUUCGUGUGUUCUGUCUGUGAGAAGGUUUUCUCCGAAGAGCAGUAUUACGACGUUCAUAUGCGCAUGAAUACCUUCAAGCCAUUUCCGUGCACAAUAUGCAAGUCACACUUUGGAUCAGAGUCAUCACUCAGCAAUCAUACAAAGCACUUCCACAAGGAGAAACACAAGUGCCCAUUCUGCACUCGUCAGUAUACAUGGAAGAUAAGGCUCCACAACCACAUGAAGGAGCACAUGGAAGAGCAGAUUCUGGUCGGUGUGUUUGGAACGUGAAUAAGUGCCAGUCAGCAAAUGUAAUGGUUCACUUCUAAUGUGGAACACGUGGUCUGUGCACAGGAACAGUUCACGUCUUGUAGCUGUAUAUCUUCUGGCUGUAGGCAAGAAUGAGUUCUUUUUUUAAAAUGCGGCCUAGCUGUACCUGGCUUUUUGGGGGCAGUAAAAGGAGGCUUGUUUAAGUAGCAAUGGCAAUUAGCAUCCAUUAUAAGUGUACUGACUGAGAACACGGGAGCAGGUUAGCUGUCAUUAUUGUGGUACAUAUAAUUCUUUAUAUUUCUGUUCUCGAUUUGAUGCCAAGUAUCGGGAAGUUACUAGUUAAAUGAAAUUACUGUAUAAUGUGCAAUGCUUUUCUUGAAAUACGUCAAUGGUCUGCUACAGUUGUUCAAAAUGUUUCAAAUGGCUCUAAGCCCUAAGGGACUUAACAUCUGAGGUCAUCAGUCCCCUAGACUUAGUACCACUUAAACCUAACUAACCUAAGGACAUCACACACAUCCAUGCCCGAGGCAGAAUUCGAACCUGAGACUGUAGCAGCAGCAUGGUUCCGGACUAAAGCGCCUAGAACGACUCAGCGACAGUGGCUGGCUACAGUUGUUCUCUUCACAGUGACAUAAGGGCUAUUGGGAAAGACUUGGAAUGGAAUGCAAAUGAGCUGACUAACAGGAUAAUUGGUAACAUCGGCAUGUGGUUUUCAGAGAACAGAUUAGCACUUAAAAGUGGCAAAAUGCAGUUCAUAUAUUGGGUUGGUGCAUAAUUUUGUGGUAUUUUUCCAUAAUUUUAAUAAACAAACAAAUACACGUAACAGGAAUUUAGUCAUCAGUAAUAUAUUCUUCUUCACUAUUUACAACAAUCUGCCAAAGAUGGGGAAACUUUUCGAUUCCAAAAUUGUAGAAAUCAUGUGAUUUUGAGGCGAAGAAUUCAUUGAGCCAUGUUCAGAGAGCAUUUUCAUCCAGUAAGGAAAUUCCUUGAAGGUGUUUGAUAGAGAAUGGAGGUGAUAGUCUGAGGAUGCGAGGUCAGAUGAAUAAGAUUUGUGUGGAAUGACUUCCCAACCUAACUGCUUUAUUACUUCCUUGGAUUGUGUUUGCAAGAUGUCUCAGGUCUUUGCAGUAAAUGCCAGCAGUGAUGGUUACACCUCAGGGAAGCAGUUUGUAGUACACCACACCGUCACUGUUCCACCAGAUGCAUAACAUUAACUUUUGUGGAUACAGGUCUUCAUAUGGAGAGUUGCUCCUUUCUUUUCCUUAUGUUAGCAAAAGGACACAAUUUUCUCAUCACCAGUAAUGAUACAGGUUAGGAAUGGCCAGUACUGUGCAUGAGGUAGCUGAUGAUGAGCAAACAGAGAUACACAUAUGACCGACCACCUGCUGAUUUUUGUGAUUUUGGCUUAGAGCAUGUGGUACCCAUACACCCAAUUUUUGAACCUUCUCUUUUGCAUGGAAAUGUCACACAAUACUGGAAUGACCGCAGUUCGUCACAUUUGACGUUUAUCGA